ACUAGAGUCCAUUUUCUUCAUCACUACCUCAUCAACAAUUAAUCAUCAAACACAUACCCAAUUACUUACCACUACAUUCUUCUCAAGUAAUUAAUCUCAACAAAACAAUAUUAAUACAAUGGGUUCAAGAAGCCGUGCAUGGACAUGGAGCGUAGCAACAUGUGUUGGAGUGGUCGAGGCAUUGAAGGAUCAAGGAAUAUGUAGAUGGAACAGUGUCAUAAGAUCAGCACAACAACAUGCUAAACACAAUAUGAGAUCUUUGUCUCAUGCCAACAACAAGCUUUCUUCUUCUUCAUCUGCAACCAAAUUGAGGGAUGAGAAAUCCAAGCAGUCAGAGGAGUCUUUGAGAACUGUCAUGUUCUUGAGCUGUUGGGGUCCCAACUAAACAAGUUCACAUAUUUCAACUAUGUCAUUUUCCAUUUAGCCUAUGUUUCGGUGGAUACUCCACACGAUGAUCCACCUUGAUUUUUCAAAAGCUACACUUGUAGCUUCUGUAAAAUUACGGUAAUCAGCGUAAUUGUAGCGUAUCCAUCAUAAUACCAAACAUAUACUUAAUCGUUGAAGGAAGAUAAGAAAGGGAAAGAUCAAUACAAGAUUAAUUGAGUCCAACAAGUGAAUGAAUCAUCAUCCUAUUUGUUGCUUUGGCAUAUGGAUUGGUUUUCCAAGUGAUUGAUAAAUUGUUGAAUAUAGAUAGAAAUUUUUCUAUCUGAUUAUGAUUAUUAGUAAAGUUGGGAAUUAUGCUAAAUUAAUGUAAAAUGUAAAUAAAUUGUAACUUAA